UGUAAACGAAGCAAGAUGGCGUCUGGUCAGCAGUGGGUGUUAGUGGAGAUGGUGCAAGCUUUUUACGAGGCACCUGCUUACCAUUUGAUUUUGGAAGGAUUCCUUAUCUUGUGGAUUGUCAGACUUUUGUUUUCAAAAACAUACAAACUUCAAGAACGCUCUGAUCUCACAGAGAAGGAAAAAGAGGAAUUGAUUGAAGAUUGGCAGCCAGAACCGUUGGUCCCUCUUGUAUCAAAGGACCAUUCUGCACCCAAAUAUGACAUUGUUUCAGGACCUACAAGCCAUAAGAUUAUUGUAAAUGGGAAGCAGUGCAUUAACUUUGCCUCAUUUAAUUUCCUGGGACUGCUUGAUAAUGAGCGAGUUAAGAACAAAGCUUUAACAUCUCUCAGGAAGUAUGGCGUUGGUACUUGUGGUCCCAGAGGUUUUUAUGGAACAUUUGAUGUUCACUUGGAGUUAGAAGAACGUCUAGCUAAGUUCAUGAGAACGGAAGAGGCCAUUAUUUAUUCAUAUGGCUUUGCAACCAUUGCCAGCGCUAUACCUGCAUACUCAAAGAGGGGGGAUAUUGUGUUUGUGGAUGAAGCUGCAUGUUUCUCGAUUCAGAAGGGUUUACAAGCCUCCCGCAGUAAUAUCAAAUACUUCAAACACAAUGAUAUGGAUGACUUGGAGCGUCUUUUGAAAGAACUAGAAAUGGAAGAUAAGGAGAAUCCUCGCAAAGCAAGUGUGACUCGCAGAUUUAUCGUCGUUGAGGGGCUCUACAUAAACAGCGGAGACAUUUGUCCACUCCCAGAACUGGUGCAGCUAAAAUACAAGUACAAGGUGCGGAUUCUUCUUGAAGAAAGCCUAUCCUUCGGCGUUCUGGGAGAACAUGGACGAGGUGUCACUGAGCAUUUUGGCGUGAAUAUUGAUGACAUUGAUCUGAUCAGUGCAAACAUGGAGAAUUCCCUGGCAUCAAUUGGUGGAUUUUGCUGUGGAAGGUCAUUUGUUAUUGACCAUCAGAGACUUUCAGGACAGGGUUACUGCUUUUCAGCCUCUCUGCCACCCAUGCUUGCAGCAGCAGCAAUAGAGGCUCUUAAUAUUAUGGAGGAAGAUAUAGACAUUUUCAGACUGUUGCAGGAUAAAUGCAAACACAUCCACAAUGCACUACAUGGCAUUUCUGGCCUCAAGGUGGUUGGUGAAUCUAUCUCACCAGCUUUUCAUCUGCAGCUGGAGAAGAGUACUGGGUCCAGGGAGUUGGAUGUCAAGUUGCUCCGGGGUAUCAUAGAUUAUUGUAUGAACAGACAAAUUGCACUUACCCAAGCCCAUUACCUGGACAAAGAGGAGAGAUUUCUGCCACCACCAAGUAUUCGAGUAGUGGUUACAAUUGAACAGACGGAAGAGGAGCUGGAAAAAGCAGCAUCUCUGAUUAAGGAAGCUGCGCAACACAUUUUGCCGCAAACUGUCCUCGGACAUUGAUGCCAAAGACCUGGUUUACAGUGCGUAGGAUUGCGGUGUGCAUUAAGACCUCUACUUUAGAAGCAGUUGGAUUCUUAUCACAGCACAUAGCAGGUCUGUUCAAUGAAAUGUCAAGAGCAUGCCAAUGAGAAUCUGUUAAAAUGACCAGUGGCAAAAUGAAGACUCUUGUGAAUUUGUUCAAUAAUAUCAGACUUUUGGGGAUCCAAACACAUUUUUUAUUUGACAAUUAUGAAAGUAAUACGAUUGCACCAAUAAUUCUAUUUUGUUGCUUUGGGUUGCACCAGUUGUUUGAAACCCAGCUUGUUUCACUUAAUGUGUAAAGGACCAAUAGAUGACAUUAUGUUAUUUAGGGUUGUGCUGAGGUUCUCAAUUUUAUCAAGUAGUGGUGAGAAGCCAGAUGAAGUCUAUUUUGGAUAGAUGGCAAGUCCUCAGUCCUGUUUUUUCUUUUUAUGUAAAAUGUUUUUUUUCUUUUAAUAUAUAGACAUUUUCAAUUUUCUCUAACAUUGUCUUUUGUAUGAACAAGUAUUUAACCCCUCACAUAUA